AUGGAGAGAGAUAGAGUGUCCACGAAAGUAUGCAACAUAUUUCACAGUUCGAGGCAGAUGGCAAUGGAAAAAAGGACAAAACAGACCCCUGGGAAAGCGCCACUGUCGCCACACGCCCACACUCAAAAGCGUGACUGUUACUUGCAGAAUCCCAGAGCACCCAACGCCCCCAUCCACACCCAUUUUACCGGCUCCAUCCCCCCUCCAACCCUUGAAUCAUACCCCUUCCAUUCGAAGAAGAAUUUUUGA